GGCCAACGUCGCCGCGACGUCUCGAGUAGUGCGUUGUGCUAUUGUGUGUAAAUAAUACUUUCUUUCACGUCAUAAAAGGGCGUUUAAAAUUCGUCAUUGCUGAUAGUUGUGCGUGUAUAAUUCUCCAUUGCUGAUUCUUAGACGAUUAUAAUUCGUCAUUGCUGGGUUAUGGACUGUCAAACAUGCAAACACUUUGUUGAUGAGCCAUGACAGCUCUCUUCAUGAUGUCUGCAGACCAACGUCUGGCCCAAGGGCAAAAACACUGACACUGAUGACGUCACGGUGACGCUCGAGCCAUGGAGGAAGAAGAAGAUGAGGAGUUCUCUUAGCUCAGUGCGAACCAUGAGGAAAUCCAAGCACAAAUCUCGCAAUACAGAAAGCAAUAGAAGGACGUGCAUAUGUGGUUGUGUGUUAGUGUUUGUGUGUGUUGUGUUCAGUGUGGUGGGGGUGGACGCCAAAGCGGUGGGUACAGGCGGGGAGGUUUAUGGGGAUCCUGCCCCUGGUAGGUCACCAGGACCACCUUGGAUAGGUGGAGGGACUAACGAAACCAAAAGUUUGGACCUCGAAGCAGUUCACCUACUAUCAGCUGUAACCGAUGUGACCAGAGCACGAAGGUCGGCCGGAGAUGUCGCCAGUGUCAUCAUGGAAGACUCGACAGACGCGCCUUGGUGCGAGGAUUACUCGGAAACAUUAAGGUUCGUCCGAGGAUUGGAGGAAAUCUAUCUCAAUUUGACUCACCCACUGUUCGACCCAACGAGUGGUAUACUACCUGGAGUCACUUAUGAAGUGCUGCUGACGGUCGGUGCUGAUGUAAGAGACUUCUCGCUUGUGUCGCUAGCAGGAGGAGGCAGUACCAGGGAAGAGCUCAGUAGAGAGGAAUGCCUCAGGCCACUGGCCCAUCGGCCUGAGGCUAACCAUAUCAGCCUGAACUGGACGUUACCAGCUCACCAGCGGCCGUUGGCCAAUGCUACUUUCAGAAUACGGUACAGAAAACAAGAAGACACUGUGUUCGAAACUUUCUUUCACGUCCCAAUACUGAAAGAUUGUAUAUUAAGACUGAAUACCAAAGCAAACAACUUAUCAUCGACGACGCUGCCCGAAGUGUUCCGGACUCGGCCGAACUGUUCCGUUGAGUUCCCGGUAGGCGGAUCCUCUCAUCCUCGAGGUCCUGGUCUGGUCAUCACCCUCACCCGCCUCAACAUCCGCUGUUCCUCGGGUCACCUUCGGUUCAUUCCUGCUGGCUCGGGAACCAGGAGGGUGACUGAUAGAGGACAAGCAAUAGUCCUGAGGGAGCAAAUCCUCUGUGGGAAGCUGGAGGAGAUCCCUCUGUCGGGACGGGAGAUGUACUUCCCUCAGGACCAGACUCCAGUUCGUCUCCAGGUGGUCGGGAGAGCGGUGUUCUCUCUCAACUACAGACUAGUGGACUACUGCUUCAACGUCACAUACACCCAGAGAAACCUCAGCUUUGAGGUGAACCCGUCCACGGGGUUGCUGUGCAACUUUAGAAUUCUCCUUCCGUACGGUCACCGAGUGUCGCUGAGCCUCCGGAUUGGGAAGAUCAGCUCGGACUCGUCCACCUUGGAGACUCCCCGCCAGACAGCAGAACGUCUUGGCGUAACAACUCUACAGCCGGAAGACCCCGACCCACCGUGCGGGGGGUUCCAGGUGCGCCUCUGGGACGGACCCACCUCUUGGACCCACUGUGCCGUGGGAGGCGACCCUGUCAGGGAGCUUCACGUCAUCUCUAGAGAGAACAGAGUGGAACUGAGGGUGACGUCAAGACCACUCAGGGACCCACUGACGUCACUCAGGAUCGUCUAUGACUCUGUAGCGGUACCUGAGAUCACACAGUCGUGUGAGUGGGGCUGGGUAGCCACCAAGCAGUUCUGUGUUCAGGCAGUAGAGGAGAGACGUGUUACAUGGGAGGAGGCAGAGCAGGAGUGUAAACACAAAGGAGGUCAUCUAGUACCUGAGAUCACUCAGUCGUGUGAGUGGGGCUGGGUAGCCACCAAGCAGUUCUGUGUCCAGGCAGUAGAGGAGAGACGUGUUACAUGGGAGGAGGCAGAGCAGGAGUGUAAACACAAGUACCUGAGAUCACUCAGUCAUGUACCUGAGAUCACUCAGUCGUGUGAGUGGGGCUGGGUAGCCACCAAGCAGUUCUGUGUCCAGGCAGUAGAGGAGAGACGUGUUACAUGGGAGGAGGCAGAGCAGGAGUGUAAACACAAAGUACCUGAGAUCACUCAGUCAUGUGAGUGGGGCUGGGUAGCCACCAAGCAGUUCUGUGUCCAGGCAGUAGAGGAGAGACGUGUUACAUGGGAGGAGGCAGAGCAGGAGUGUAAACACAAAGGAGGUCAUCUAGUACCUGAGAUCACUCAGUCAUGUGAGUGGGGCUGGGUAGCCACCAAGCAGUUCUGUGUCCAGGCAGUAGAGGAGAGACGUGUUACAUGGGAGGAGGCAGAGCAGGAGUGUAAACACAAAGGAGGUCAUCUAGUACCUGAGAUCACUCAGUCGUGUGAGUGGGGCUGGGUAGCCACCAAGCAGUUCUGUGUCCAGGCAGUAGAGGAGAGACGUGUUACAUGGGAGGAGGCAGAGCAGGAGUGUAAACACAAAGGAGGUCAUCUAGUACCUGAGAUCACUCAGUCAUGUGAGUGGGGCUGGGUAGCCACCAAGCAGUUCUGUGUCCAGGCAGUAGAGGAGAGACGUGUUACAUGGGAGGAGGCAGAGCAGGAGUGUAAACACAAAGGAGGUCAUCUAGUACCUGAGAUCACUCAGUCGUGUGAGUGGGGCUGGGUAGCCACCAAGCAGUUCUGUGUCCAGGCAGUAGAGGAGAGACGUGUUACAUGGGAGGAGGCAGAGCAGGAGUGUAAACACAAAGGAGGUCAUCUAGUACCUGAGAUCACUCAGUCGUGUGAGUGGGGCUGGGUAGCCACCAAGCAGUUCUGUGUCCAGGCAGUAGAGGAGAGACGUGUUACAUGGGAGGAGGCCGAGCAGGAGUGUAAACACAAAGGAGGUCAUCUAGUACCUGAGAUCACUCAGUCAUGUGAGUGGGGCUGGGUAGCCACCAAGCAGUUCUGUGUCCAGGCAGUAGAGGAGAGACGUGUUACAUGGGAGGAGGCAGAGCAGGAGUGUAAACACAAAGUACCUGAGAUCACUCAGUCAUGUGAGUGGGGCUGGGUAGCCACCAAGCAGUUCUGUGUCCAGGCAGUAGAGGAGAGACGUGUUACAUGGGAGGAGGCAGAGCAGGAGUGUAAACACAAAGGAGGUCAUCUAGUACCUGAGAUCACUCAGUCAUGUGAGUGGGGCUGGGUAGCCACCAAGCAGUUCUGUGUCCAGGCAGUAGAGGAGAGACGUGUUACAUGGGAGGAGGCAGAGCAGGAGUGUAAACACAAAGGAGGUCAUCUAGUACCUGAGAUCACUCAGUCGUGUGAGUGGGGCUGGGUAGCCACCAAGCAGUUCUGUGUCCAGGCAGUAGAGGAGAGACGUGUUACAUGGGAGGAGGCAGAGCAGGAGUGUAAACACAAAGGAGGUCAUCUAGUACCUGAGAUCACUCAGUCAUGUGAGUGGGGCUGGGUAGCCACCAAGCAGUUCUGUGUCCAGGCAGUAGAGGAGAGACGUGUUACAUGGGAGGAGGCAGAGCAGGAGUGUAAACACAAAGGAGGUCAUCUAGUACCUGAGAUCACUCAGUCGUGUGAGUGGGGCUGGGUAGCCACCAAGCAGUUCUGUGUCCAGGCAGUAGAGGAGAGACGUGUUACAUGGGAGGAGGCAGAGCAGGAGUGUAAACACAAAGGAGGUCAUCUAGUACCUGAGAUCACUCAGUCGUGUGAGUGGGGCUGGGUAGCCACCAAGCAGUUCUGUGUCCAGGCAGUAGAGGAGAGACGUGUUACAUGGGAGGAGGCAGAGCAGGAGUGUAAACACAAAGGAGGUCAUCUAGUACCUGAGAUCACUCAGUCAUGUGAGUGGGGCUGGGUAGCCACCAAGCAGUUCUGUGUCCAGGCAGUAGAGGAGAGACGUGUUACAUGGGAGGAGGCAGAGCAGGAGUGUAAACACAAAGUACCUGAGAUCACUCAGUCAUGUGAGUGGGGCUGGGUAGCCACCAAGCAGUUCUGUGUCCAGGCAGUAGAGGAGAGACGUGUUACAUGGGAGGAGGCAGAGCAGGAGUGUAAACACAAAGGAGGUCAUCUAGUACCUGAGAUCACUCAGUCAUGUGAGUGGGGCUGGGUAGCCACCAAGCAGUUCUGUGUCCAGGCAGUAGAGGAGAGACGUGUUACAUGGGAGGAGGCAGAGCAGGAGUGUAAACACAAAGGAGGUCAUCUAGCCAGCAUAAGAAGCGAGCAUGCUCAGACUGUCAUCGACAGCAUGUUGUUAUACAGUCCCGGUUACUCUGAAGAUAACGCCUACUGGGUCGGCGCUACAGACACGGGGUUCGAAGGAGACUUCCGGUGGGUGGACGGCCUUCCUUUUACCUAUACAAACUGGUUCCCUGGCUGGAGUCAGCACAACCACGUGUUGAGACAGCCUAAUGAUGACUUCCUCAGCGAGGAGGAUUGUGUAGAACUACGCCGUCUCUAUCACCACCCCUUACUAGCAGUGCUGAUGCACCUAUGUUGUGUUUUAUACUGGUUCCCUGGCUGGAGUCAGCACAACCACGUGUUGAGGCAGCCUAAUGAUGACUUCCUCAGCGAGGAGGAUUGUGUAGAGCUGCGCCGUCUCUAUCACCACCCCUUACUAGCAGUGCUGAUGUACCUAUGUUGUGUUUUAGACUGGUUCUCUGGCUGGAGUCAGCACAACCACGUGUUGAGGCAGCCUAAUGAUGACUUCCUCAGCGAGGAGGAUUGUGUAGAGCUGCGCCGUCUCUAUCACCACUCCUUACUAGCAGUGCUGAUGUACCUAUGUUGUGUUUUAGACUGGUUCCCUGGCUGGAGUCAGCACAACCACGUGUUGAGGCAGCCUAAUGAUGACUUCCUCAGCGAGGAGGAUUGUGUAGAACUACGCCGUCUCUAUCACCACUCCUUACUAGCAGUGCUGAUGCACCUAUGUUGUGUUUUAGACUGGUUCCCUGGCUGGAGUCAGCACAACCACGUGUUGAGGCAGCCUAAUGAUGACUUCCUCAGCGAGGAGGAUUGUGUAGAACUACGCCGUCUCUAUCACCACUCCUUACUAGCAGUGCUGAUGCACCUAUGUUGUGUUUUAGACUGGUUCCCUGGCUGGAGUCAGCACAACCACGUGUUGAGACAGCCUAAUGAUGACUUCCUCAGCGAGGAGGAUUGUGUAGAACUACGCCGUCUCUAUCACCACUCCUUACUAGCAGUGCUGAUGCACCUAUGUUGUGUUUUAGACUGGUUCCCUGGCUGGAGUCAGCACAACCACGUGUUGAGGCAGCCUAAUGAUGACUUCAUCAGCGAGGAGGAUUGUGUAGAACUGCGCCGUCUCUAUCACCACUCCUUACUAGCAGUGCUGAUGCACCUAUGUUGUGUUUUAGACUGGUUCCCUGGCUGGAGUCAGCACAACCACGUGUUGAGGCAGCCUAAUGAUGACUUCCUCAGCGAGGAGGAUUGUGUAGAGCUGCGCCGUCUCUAUCACCACUCCUUACUAGCAGUGCUGAUGCACCUAUGUUGUGUUUUAGACUGGUUCCCUGGCUGGAGUCAGCACAACCACGUGUUGAGGCAGCCUAAUGAUGACUUCCUCAGCGAGGAGGAUUGUGUAGAGCUUGCGCCGUCUCUAUCACCACCCCUUACUAGCAGUGCGGAUGUACCUAUGUUGUGUUUUAGACUGGUUCCCUGGCUGGAGUCAGCACAACCACACUGGUUCCCUGGCUGGAGUCAGCACAACCACGUGUUGAGGCAGCCUAAUGAUGACUUCCUCAGCGAGGAGGAUUGUGUAGAGCUUGCGCCGUCUCUAUCACCACCCCUUACUAGCAGUGCGGAUGUACCUAUGUUGUGUUUUAGACUGGUUCCCUGGCUGGAGUCAGCACAACCACACUGGUUCCCUGGCUGGAGUCAGCACAACCACGUGUUGAGGCAGCCUAAUGAUGACUUCCUCAGCGAGGAGGAUUACUGGUUCCCUGGCUGGAGUCAGCACAACCACGUGUUGAGGCAGUCUAAUGAUGACUUCCUCAGCGAGGAGGAUUGUGUAGAGCUGCGCCGUCUCUAUCACCACUCCUUACUAGCAGUGCUGAUGUACCUAUGUUGUGUUUUAGACUGGUUCCCUGGCUGGAGUCAGCACAACCACGUGUUGAGGCAGCCUAAUGAUGACUUCCUCAGCGAGGAGGAUUGUGUAGAGCUGCGCCGUCUCUAUCACCAUCCUUCCCUGGCUGUUUCCGCCUCGGCCGCAGUCCCUACCGCCUCCAGGCUGACUGAGUCGUACAUGUGGAACGACAGAGACUGCAAGACCAAGAACUACUUUAUAUGUGAAAAGCUACAGAAAGGAGCAGAACCACUGGAAGACCUGAAGACCGUUUGCAACCGCACUCUCUCCCUGUCUGUGGACCAGCCUAGAGCAGCUGUCACCUCCCCAGGGUUCCCUAGGACGUACCCGGACAACGCGGAGUGUCACACCCUCGUAACCGUACCUCCAGGGUACAGGAUCAUCGUGGAGUUUGACGAACUUAUUCUCGAGGAGGAGAGACUAGACUGCAGCUAUGACGUACUGGAGAUGUUGGAGCCCGGGGUAGAGAUGGAGCCACGGAGAGUGUGUGGAGAUUGGAGUGACAAACUGAAGCUGCUCCGUUACGUCAGUUCAUCUCCACGACUUCUGCUACGCUUCGUUUCUGAUUAUUCCCAUCAUUUUGGAGGCUUUAAGGCUCGAGUAGCUAUGGAACAUGCCAAUGCGGAGUGCGGGGAUGACAGACUUCAGGUGUUCAACAACUCUUGUUACCUCUUCGUCAGCUAUCCAGAGGUCACUUGGCAUACUGCCAAGCAGAUAUGCAAAGGACUUAAGGCGGAGUUGGCUAGUGUUCACAGCCCGGACGAGGAGAGGUUCAUAGUGUCCAAGAUCAGAGCGUCCAGAGAGUACAGCACCAAUGCCAUUUACUGGCUUGGAGCACAGCAAGAUGCUUUAGACAACUGGUACUGGGUGGAUUCCACUCCUAUGACCUAUACUGCCUGGCUGUCUUCUGACACCGGUGCAAAGGGCACUCUGAACUGCCUAAGUCUCCAGUGGCUGUCCUCCCCAGCACAUAUGUUACCCAGCAGCCUCUACUGGCAGCCUCAACUCUGUGCUAACGUUGGUGGCUACAUCUGCAAGAAGGAGAGUCAAGGUAUAGGUAAAGGCUUGAACCUGAACGGCACCGUGAACGCCACAGAAGGUCGGCUCACCUCCCCCAGGUUUCCUGCUCCAUACCACCACAACUUGGACUACUGGGUGAAAGUCUCCGCCCCAGAGCUCACCCGGGUGGUCUUCCGCUUCUCCCGGUUGGACCUGGAGCCCCAGUCGGACUGCCUAUACGACUACGUAGAGUUGGAGGACGUCAACAGCAGAAGCGAUCCGCCCAGGAGACGCAGGUUCUGUGGGAGACAUGCACCCGCAGCUCUAGAGAGGAUGAAUUUUGUAUCGGAAAGACACGAAGUGACAGUCCACUUCCACUCUGACUACUCCGUCUCAGGAAGUGGCUUCGCUCUAACUUGGCACAGUGUGGACGUUAGCGGAUGUCCUCUGCACACCCUCACGGCCAAGGAAGGACUCCUCGUGUCACCUAAUUACCCUCACUUCCUCUUAGAUCAUCUGGACUGUUCUACCACCAUCCUGGCCCCGGCCGGGCGAAGGGUUUGGCUGCAAAUCACAGACUUCGAAGUAGAAGCUCCAGAGUCCAGUGUAGAAGUGAGUCUAGGAGGUGGCUUCCCACUGAUCCAACCCUUUAGUUCUUCCUCCUUCCAUCCCUCCCAUAUACAUCCAUCCCGACUCCUCUCCGACGGGGUGUUCGUCUCAGAGGGCGAAAGACUGCAACUGAAGCUCAAGACUGGAGAUGCUCCAAAAGGAAGAGGCUUUAAGGCUGUCUACAAAUCAGUUCACACAGUGGUCGACCAUCGUAUCAUAGUCUUGACCAACGUCUCCUCUGGAUACCUUCUCCACGUCAACUAUCCUCACCACCCACCCUCAGGCAUUGACUUCACCGACCGCCUCGUAGCUCCACUAGGAAAGUCCAUCCACCUGCAGUUCUACCGCGCAGAACCUACUUUUUUAGAGGAUGGUGAAGGUAGGGGAGUCUGCCCUGAAGGACGUGGAGUGAUAGAGGUACGUGACAACUACGCCGACAGCAACGGCACCUGGUGGCGACUCUGUGAGACAGAGAGAGACGUGCCGCCGCUGGCAAUUACGUCUUACCUCAACACUCUGCAUGUCCGUCAGCUUAACAACGACAUGAGAGCAGCAGGAGUCAGACUCAACGUCAGCGUGACCCUCAGGAACGAUGUCAACUACAAGGCUAAGCUACUGCAAGGUUCAGCUGAAAGUUCUGUCGAAUCAUGCCAUCCCAACCCAUGUCUCAACGGGGGGAAAUGUGUCAGUAGUAGUAGCAAGAAGUCAUGUCAGUGCGUUGGAUAUUUCACAGGAAUGUUCUGUGCACUGACACUAUGCGAGCUAGACCCCUGCUUGUUUGGCCGCUGUGAGCUGACGGCUUCUGGGUUUCGCUGUCAUUGCAACAGAGGGUAUGAGGGGGAAUCAUGUGACACAAAGCUUCACCCUUGUGCGCACAACCCUUGCGAGGGCCGAGGCGACUGCAUAGAAAGACCUGACUCUUCCUUCCACUGUCGCUGUCACGCCUGGUGGGAAGGAGCUCGGUGCGAGCGACGAAUGCUACACAUACCCUACAAACCGCUGUCUCAGCGUAUGUUGCAAGAACCUUUCUGGCUGGGACUUAUCACCGUCACCGUAGUUCUUGGUGUUCUCGGUCUGUUCUGGUGUGCCAAGAGACACUUCCCCGAGAAACUGGAGAAGCUUUUAGCUGAGGAAGCAGACCGCAAUCGUCACUGUCAUAUGUCCAGCAGAACCGCCUCAGUACGAGAUCAGCUUUCGUCAUCGCUCUACUCCGCCAACCCUGUGCCAGUCCCUGUCCAGGCGCCAAGUGUUGGCGCCCAACCAAGGGCCAGCCUCUUCGGGCGACUCGGUAUCCGUAAACCCUCUCUGCUGAGCCUCACCAGCCCCUUGGUGCCUCCCGCCCACGCUCCUACAGCCAGAACCUUUAGUUUGGACGAUUUGCUUAAACCACCUUCGAGAAGUAAGAAACUUCCAGUCCCGGUCUUCACCUCACGGGACUUCGGCCUUGUAAAUGUUCACGACCCUUCACUAUCUCUCAGCCUUGUACACAGACUCCUCUUUUGGUUCUUCUCUUCUCGACUUCGUAUAGAGAAAUGGUUUUUCUGUCAAUCAUUUGCCAAUCUUCUCUCUUACAAAGGAUCCCCUUCACCACGGAAGAAGAGGGUCAACUCGACGCCAACCAAGAAGAACGUGGCGGCAGUGGAGAAGAAGAUGAUCCUUCAACACCUAGUGGCGCCUGCAGUUCGAAGACAAAGCUCUGCGGAGAGUGUGCUGAUGACUGGGUCGUCGUUGGAGGUCGAGAGAGCAGACUAUAUCAGUCAGGAGACUUCGUUCACCAUCGAUGCCGCCGCUGCCGCCCAAGCUGCUGCCGCUGCUGCUCGUUCCCAAGAACUGAAGCAAGAGAAGAAGGUAACAUUUGCUCGUCUUCUGGACAAAGUGAGCUCCGAAAUGAGUUCUGGAUCAGAGCUUGAAAUAUCAACGGCGAACAUCCGGGUUCAGCCACCCAGCCCACCUAAGGAGCUCAAGUCACCCAACAGCACAAGCAGUAACCAGGGUAGCGAUUCUCUCUCGAGCUCCGACCUGGCACUGGCAGUGCACUCCGGUGAAGCGGCGAGACGACCUGAGAAGUUGUUGCUUGGUCAAAAGAAGGCGAAUUCGGCAGACUCCAUCCUUGCUAUGUUCCGCAACUUCUCCUCAGUGGGUGGCAGUGGUGGAGUAGGGGUGACUGUAGCCUCUCCCUCUACCACACCUACUGCUUCCACCCCUCAGGACGAUGUGGCGGGGUCUGACGACUCGUCUACCCACACUCCGGUGUCCAGCUCUAGCGGCCCUCCCGACUCUCCUCCGAUGUUCACAAGAAAAAAUACAAUACAGGUGUCGGUGCUGGAUCCUCUAAGUGCACAGAAGAGCGGCAAUCUUCUCUACCCUCCAAGUAUAUUGCUGGAGGUUCCCAACAAGUGUUUGUCGCCCAUCAAAGAGAUGCCUACGCCCUCCCCUUCACCAGCUCUUACACCUGUAAUGCCUAGACAUUCUCAGCCUACUUCUCUCUAUCGAACAAAGCCUGAUCGUCUUGAGAUCCCAGUCAGUGCAGCUACAAACUCUCUGACAAUUCCUACCCUGACUGUCCAACAACCGUCACCCACACGACCCUCUCCACCAGCGAUGCUUUUCUCCAGUGGUUUCCCUGGCUCUCCACCCCCGCACAAAGAGCCACCAUUUCUUCAAAGGGGAAGUAAAUUGCUCAAAGACCUAGAUAAGCCGACUUCUCUAGAGCUUCCUGUUCCUCCUCCUCUCAUAACAGUGACUUGCAGCAUGAGUGAAGUGGAAUCUGACGGAGAAUCCCCAGCGGCGAAGACUGGAGUGCCCGGGUCCAGUGGAAUGUGUUAUCUGAGCCCGUUCUCCAUGUGUACGCGGGCAGACAGGACUACUUCCGAGUCGAACCUCAGCUCAUCUGGGUACAGCUCAAUGGCAAGUCCAGGACCUUCCCGGUGCGGCUCAAAUAACCCUCUCUGUCCCGAUGUAGACGACCACUCGAAAAAGCCGUCCCCUUUGCUACGCACAACAAGAAAGGACGAAACGAAAAAGACUCACGCCGGGUGCCUUAGAGGACGUUCAGACUCGGAAACGUUGUCGGACGAUCCUCAAAUUGAAUCUAAUGAUGAGGGAUUUGGAACGGACCAUAUCGAUGAGAAAAUUGAAGACGGUGAACUGAAAAGUGCGAAAGAGCUUGAGGUGUUUAUCGGUACGGAGUUAGUUGAGACGGGGAAGAAGCUCAUUGGGCUGGUGUCUCCCUCGUCCAAACUCAAACAUUGCAGCAGUUUUGAGUCGAAUUUAGAGCAAACUGGAAGAUCAAGGAAGGUGAAGCCUUGUGUCAGCGUCGAGGCAGGCCUGGACUGCUAUCGCCUGGCUCCCCCACCCAAUGAUGUUUUCAAGGUCACCCUGCAGCUGCCCAGUAUAGUGGUGGAUGCUGACGAAUGUGGUACUGCAGCACCGUCCACACAUUGCAGUCCAGUCAGCUCACGUAGUGAGAGCCCUCUCAGUGACAAGACGGCUGGACUAGGCCGCUUCUCACCCAUGUUCUACGGCAAGCUAACCGACAGCGACGGUUUGUACGACUGUGCCAGCUCUGACUGCUGCAAGAUGGCUGCCAACAGAAAGUCUUCGGGGAGAAGAAAGGAAAGAAAGAGAAGUAAAUCUCCUGCGAAGGUAAAAGAUAAGGAUAUGAAGGAUCUGGUUGCUCCUACGCAGAUUCUAUUAGACGUACCUGGGAAGGCAGAUCCUUUCUGUCGUCAUAACCUGAGGACCAAGCCAAGUCCGAAACGAAGAGUCAGAACACAUUCACAGGUCGCUUCUUCAACAUCUUCCUCUUCUACGGAGAGCAUCAAUUCUGUUGGAGAUCUGUGCCAGACCCGGAUGUCACCUGAGAGUGGGCGUAGUCCAGACCGGGGCUGGGCCAAACUGGACUCUCCCACCAAGGUCCCCUCCAACGAGGCGUCCGGAGAGGAAACUGGAGAAGAAGCAACAGUGACAACCCAAAUGUUGCCAAAGCCGAAUAGAAAAAUCAGCCGCCUAAGGACUAUCGGACAUCAGAUAAGGUUUUUGCGGAGACUGGAGCGGAGUAUACGGCACGGCUGGGAGACGCCCGAGCCCCCAGACUCCCCCAGCCUUGAGCCCCUGACCAGCCAAGGGGGCGUAGCCCGCGGGGGGCGAGUGCGAGGAACUGUCAGUGACGAACCUUUGCUCAGCAGAGAGGACCGGGCAUGGCGACGAGUCAACAUUAUAAGAAGUGGACAUACGGAUUAAACUUAUGGACUACCUAUCGGAAAAUUUUGGGUCCAGUGAACUGCGGCGGUUAGUUUUAAGUUAAUUCAAUGUAACAUUUACAAAACUGACCAUUAAAAACAUGUAAAACUGUUACAAAAACAAACUCACAUAUAUGUAAGUUUUUUUUUUUUGACAAAUAAAACAAGAUCAAUUUUUAUGUUUUUGAACUAACCUAAUCUAACAGCCGCAACACGUUGUCAAAGACUGGCCCUCGUGUCAAAAAGACCAAAAAGAUCUUGUAAUCAUUUCACUUCUUAUUCGAUUGGGAUUGAAUUAACGAGACAUAACCAGGCUUAGCACCGAGUCAAAACUAUCCCUUAAAAUGAUUAUUGAUUGAUUUGGAAAGAUUAAAAGUGUGGGUAGUUAUAAUUUGACUGUUAAGUGAAGCAUACUGAAAAAAUAUCGAUUCAUGUAAAUUUUGUACGUGGUAUGUAAUGACUUUAGUAAUGUGAGGAUGCAUAUGGUACCGUAGGACUAAUAGAAGCUAGGGUUUACUACAUGGUUAAAAAAUAAACAUCUAGCUGAACUAUUUCUAAAAAAAAUAUAAUAAUAUAUACACUCUUUAAAACAAUACAUGAUUUCCAUUUUAUAUAAACUCUCACAUAAAUAACCCAGAGAACAGCUCGUUUGGAUGUUGAUAGCAAAAAGUUUUUAAACAAGUUUAUAAAGUUUGCAAUUAUUUUAUGGUAUUUUCAAAUCCGAUUUGUAACAUAUUUUAUUGAUAAAACUUAGUAAUUUUUUUAAUAAUGUUUGUUGAAGCUAUUUUGUUGAGGGUUUUACGAUGUAUAAACACUGUUAUAUGAUUAUGUUUUUUCUCAUUUCAUUAUUGGUCCAAAUAUGGACUGCUACUUGCUGUAGUGCUGUCGAGAUUUAAUAUAAAAGAGAUCGUUGUUAUGAAGAAUUUUAAGAAUCGAUUAGUGUAGUAAUUUAAGAAGGAAGAUGGAAUCAUAUACAAUGCCAUCCUUAUCUAUCCAGUUUAUUAUAGUAACAAUCUGCCUCACGAUCAGAAUCUGAAUCUUUAGAAUCACCAUCAUUCAUAGAAAUGUGCAUUAAUCAUGCAUAUAUCCAUGAUAUGUUUUUACAAUUAAUACCACACACAUAUAAAUAAAGGUAAUAUCAAUUCCUUUGAAAUAAUUUAAGUUUUUUCAGUCAAAUAUAUACAAACCGGUAUUAGUGUUUAACUUGAGUGUCGAAUGAAUUUUAAAGCUAUAUUUUUUAUAAGUCCACUGAGUAAAGUGAAAUAUUUCGAUCUAACAACUAUGGUUUUUUUAAAGGUGGGAACCAUCUUAUGCUGGAAUAUUUUAUUUGAUUCACACUUUAUUGUUUUGAAAUAUACUUUUAUAGUUAUGGUUUUAGGCACACAACUAUUUAGUGUGUCUUGUUAACUUUUAAAAUGGAUUCGAUAUAUCAAAAUGGAAUCAGAUACCUAAGUAUCUGAUUUCAUUUUGAUAUAUUGGCUAUUGAACAUUUAAACAAAAAGAUGUUCAUUAAAAUAUCUGUGACAAAAACCAUUUCUGAGAAUACGAUAAUUAUUAUGAUGACCAAAUAAUAAUGUUCUGUUGAAAGAUUUUCUUUAAAAUUAACAAUAAUCAUGUAUUACUUCCUUUACGUGGUAUCUUCUCCUAAAUUCUUCAGUAAAUUUUUUCAAUGGUUUCUUCACCUAAAUGAAAGACUGGCUGUUACGUAUGACCACAGAAUGAAGAGUAUACAAUACUGUCUACUUCUUUAUUCUGUGUAUGAUUAGUUCAAAACAAUUCCUCAGAAACCAUUCUAUACUUUAGUUCUUUUAACUUAUAUUUUUUAAUAUUAUACGUAUGUGGUUGAAAAUAAGCCUUUGACAAUUUAAAUACUCAUUUAUUCUAAAGUAUAAUGGCAAUGUUUCGGUGUUUGAUGUUUUUAUAUGGUUGUUGUUUUUGUAUUUUUCAACAUUGUAUGUCAUAAUUGUGCAAAAAUCAUAGACAAUCAAUGCAUGUCUAAAACCAGUCAUGGAGAAAUUUUGAUGGGAUUUGUCUGCAUAAUUUUUAUUUAUGUUUAAAGCGAUUUAUUCCAUAAGAAUUUUUAAAAUUAUUUAAAAGUAUAUUUACACUAUUUUUUGCAUUAGCUCCAUUAUAAAUAGCAGAGGCAACCAGCUUUAGGUAAAUUUAUUUAUUCCAAUUAUUAUGUCUUCAAUAAUCCAAAUAAUUGUAAUAUAAAAAAUUGUAGUUUUAGUACUUUUACUACUUCAAUGAUUUUAUCCAACUGCUAUCAUUCGUCAUGAUAAUUAUUAUUCUCGUCUUUAGUAGGAAUUUAGGAUCGAUUGCAAACAAAAGAUGGCAAUGUUUGGAAGUAAAAUAAUGAAGAGAAAUAAAGUAUUUGAACCAACAGACAAAAGUUAAAAUUCCGACAAGUGUUUGACACUGAAUAUUGUGUUCAUAAGUUAUCAUCAAAUCCCAAUUAAUGCUAAGUAAUAGGUUUUAUCACACUGUUCAUUUAAAGAAAGUUAAUGUGUUUGGACUCCAAUCAACGGUGCAAUAAUUACUUAGCUUAAUGUAAUUGUGUCGUCUGUAUAUUUUUAUACUGGUCCACUUUUCCCAUAUGUUUCUGCUGUAUUUUCUAUAAGAUUCUAUAAAAUACUAUAAACCAUGUAAAUAACCAUUGUUACAUUAUUUUAAAGCGUUUUGGUGUUGUAUUUACUGAGUGGUUAUGUUUUCUUCUUUCAUCAAAAUGCCAUUAGUGAUGGAGUUUUCCUAGAAUUUAAAUUAUAUUGCACCCAGGGUUGAUUAGGGUUUACGUUAAAUAUCUUAUUUACAUAUUGAUAAAUAUUCCGCUCAUGUUAGGAAAAUAGAUGUGUGUUAAUUUUUUUAUCUAGGUAAAAAUACCCUAUUCAUAUGUUUAUGAAGAAUAUAUUUAUUGUUACAUAUUCAAACAUGUUAUUCCUAUUUCUAUGUAAAGGUCUACAAAGAUUUUUAUAAGUCAGUUUAAUUUCUUCUUUUUAUAAUAUCGUUUCCUAGAUCUUCUUAAAAAUAUUAUUUCCUAUACCAAUCCUUCAAUUUUAUUUAUUUUUUCAGCGUU